AUGUUGACUUGCCCUGUUCAGGUAAUCGACGAUGACAAAAAAUUCGCUGUUUCACUCAAUGUCUCACAUUUUCGCCCUGAAGACUUGAAGGUGCACCUCGAUGGCAGGGAACUGACAGUUGAAGGAAAGCAAGAACACAAGGGUGAAAACAGCUACAUUCACAGGGGCGAUGUAGAGCAAGCUCUCGGGCCAUUACGAGAAGCUGUUUCGCGUGGAAAUUUCGACUCUGCCGGGAAUCUAGUGGAGGUGAUGGAUGACGAUUAUAAGCUAGCCAUAUCGAUGAAUGUUGCUCAAUUUACUCCAAAAGAGUUAUCGGUGGAUGUAGAUGGACGUGUGCUCACCAUUGAAGGCAAGCAAGAGAAUGAGGAAAGCAAUGGAUCUUUCAUGAGAAGUUUUGUCCGGCAAUGGACCCUUCCUGAUGACGUCGAUGCAGAUCAGCUGAAAUGCACCAUUACUGAAGAUGGCUAUCUUGCUGUAGAAGCUCCGAAAAUUGUGCCGCCUAUUUUGGAAAGCGCAUAG